CAGCUAGGAUGGCAAAUGGUCGGGUCGGGGGCGGAUAGUGCAUAUCCGUUACUCUAUUCAAAGUAGUUCUGAUUUUACCCAUAUCCAUACCCACAUAAGAAAUGGAUAGAAAAUCAAAACCAUGCCCAUACCCGUUCGGGUUUCAGGUAUAUCCACGGCUAUCCAUGGGUAAUCAUUUCACUAUAUCCCUCCAAUCAGUAUGUUAACAUUCACGCGUACUCUCACAUUACACAAGAGGAAAGUACGACAAUAAUACACUAUAAUAAAGAAAAUUAAAUAAAACAACACAAUUUCAUGAAAAUUUUGUAUUUAUAUGCUAAAUAUAAAAUAUAUUAGAGAAAAAUAAUGAUUAUUUCUAGACAAAAUACACAUGCAUGUGUAUAAUCGGGUCGGUUCGGGUUGCAUAGUGAGAAAACCAUGUCCACGUAACCAUUACCCGCAAUAUUCAGAUUCGGUUUUUACCCAUACCCACUAAAGUCCUUCGAGUUCGGGUUUUACCCCAUCCGAUUAGGUCGAAUUCGAACGGAUAUCCACGGUUACAAAAUCAUCCAUUUGGUUGAUUGUAGUGAACACAAGCGUUCAAUUUGGUCAAAAUCCCAUCUCUAUCUCCUUAGGAUAUUGGCACUAUAUUCAUUUUUAUUUCAUUAAAGGCUUUAUCCCAAUUAGCCAUCAACCUUGACUUGACCACAUGCCCUACCAGAAGAAGCCAGCAAUGAUAACACCAUUAAAUUCCCUUCUGAUGGGCUGCCAUCCCCUUUUCAAUUUGCAUCAGUCAAGCCAUCCACCACAGAUUUUCAUGUGUGCCCCAAAGAGGCAAAAACAGAGACCUUUAACAAAGCUCCCGUGUUGACUCAGAAACCCACCAAAAGAGCAACCCAACUGCCUUAUAAAACCCUCCAAACUCUCCACAACCCUAAACCCAUAAAAAUCAUCAACCUCUCUCCCAUUCUCUUAUCCCAAAUCUUCAUGAAGUCCCUCAUCAUCUUCCUCUCCUUGCUGGCCUUGCAAUGCAUUAGAGCCACAUCGCGUGUUUGCCACGUGGACGACAUGGCGGGGCUCCUGGCGUUUAAAUCCGGCAUCACGCAAGAUCCGUCGGGCAUGCUCGACUCGUGGAAUGGAACCGAUUGCUGCUCGUGGUUCGGCGUGACCUGCCUGUCCAAUGAUCGGGUCACCUCCCUGUGGCUGAGUGGUCAGCCCGAUAAACCGGAUGGAUUCCUGUCGGGUACCAUCUCGCCGUCCCUCGCAAAGCUGAGGGACCUCGACGGGCUCUAUCUGAUGAACCUGAGGAACAUCACGGGUAAGUUUCCGGUUUGGUUGUACGGGCUGCCCAAUCUCCUGUUCGUCUACUUGGAGAACAACCGGCUCUCGGGCCCUCUGCCUGCUGACAUAGCCAAGUUGGGGACCCAACUCGACGUGUUGAGCCUGGAAGGGAACCGGUUCACUGGGUCGAUACCUGAAUCCGUAUCCCAAUUGUCCGGUCUGACCCGGUUGAACCUCGCCGGGAACUUGAUCACUGGGAAACUCCCCGUCGGCAUUGGCAGCCUCAGAAACUUGACCCUGUUAGAACUUGAUAACAACCGGCUCUCCCAGCCCAUCCCUGAGAUUUUCUCGUCUUUCCAUCAGCUCAGGUUUCUCAACCUUUCCCACAACAAAUUUUCCGGGAAAAUCCCCAGUUCAAUCUCGUCCCUUUCCUCGACCUUAGCUUACCUCGAGCUCGGCCACAAUUCCCUCGCCGGCCAAAUCCCCAGCUUCCUCGGCAAUUUCCAGACGCUCGAUACUCUGGAUCUUUCCCACAACAAUUUCACCGGAACAGUCCCGAAAACUUUCUCGAACCUCACAAAGAUCUUCAAUUUAGACCUUUCCCACAAUUCCCUCGUCGAUCCCUUCCCCGUGAUGAACGUGAAAGGCAUCGAAUCGCUGGAUCUAUCUUACAACAAUUUCCAUCUGGGCAAAAUCCCCAAUUGGGUCACUCUGUCUCCGAUCAUCUACUCCCUGAAGCUGGCGAAGUGCGGGAUCAAGAUCGAUCUGACUACUUGGAAGCCGAAGGAGACGUAUUUCUACGACUACAUCGACUUGUCGGAGAAUCAGAUCUCCGGUAGUCCGAUUCCGUUGCUGAACCGGACGGAAUAUCUGGUGGGGUUUCGGGCCGCCGGAAACAGAUUGAGCUUCGAUCUGGGGAAGCUGAAAUUUGCUGGGACGAUGAAGGAUUUGGAUCUGUCGAGGAAUUUGAUUCUUGGGGGAGUGCCCAGUUCCGUUUCCGGGCUGGAGAAGUUGGAUUUGAGCCGGAACAGUUUGUGUGGGAAGCUGCCGCCGACCAAGUUCCCGGCGAGCUCGUUUGUGGGGAAUAAGUGCCUCUGUGGAUCGCCUUUGCCUGCUUGUAAAUAGUGUACUUAGUUGAGUUGAUCAAAUAAUUCUAUGCUUUACUU